AGUUCUGAAAUGCAUAAGAAACAUAUAUUGUUUUUAUUUUCACUAUGGAUAUUAUUACCAUUCAUUUUAUUAGAAAAUAUCAACAAAUGCGACGAUGAUAAAACUAUAACACGUUUGGGCACAGCAUACUGGAAAUAUCGGAACGUGCGUUAUACAACAUCGGAAGAUGUUCUAUGCUUUAUGGAGAAUGGGAAGCUUUUGAUACGAGAGUGCAAUACAAUUACAGGAGAAUGGAAACCAGAAUUUCCUGUGUGCAGCGUGGCAGAGCCAACAAAUAAGUUUUGCCCGGAGGAGCUUUUUGAAAUCAGUGAUGAUAGGACUAAGCCCAUUUGCCUCAAAUUAUCGACACAACCUCAAAAAUACAACGAUAGUUUUUGCUAUGGAUCAAAUCUUAUUAUACCAUUUGAUCUGUCUCAGCAGCAGUCUGUACGCAUUUCUGAGUUUCUACUCAAAAAAAAUAUAAUGCAAUUUUGGUUACCGUUAGUACGCGAUAGUAACUCAUCGCCAUACAAGAUAAGACUGCCUGGUAAACACUGGGGCCAUCCGCUUGACGACAAACAACAAAUUAAACAUUUCAAAUUUGAUAAAAAAUGUGUAGCAUCACGCAAUAAGAAGGGACAAAGUGAAGCAUUUAAUAUCGCAAUGACAGACUGCAAUGAGUUACUGUACUCAAUUUGCGCAUUUGAUGGAAAUUUUGUAACUAGCUCUGGUUGUCCCAAUGGGUUCGGUGCCUUAAGCUAUCGUCCAAACGAAUGCUACGGUGUUGAUUGGCGCAAUAAUUUAGUUAGGCCUGCACAAAAGGUUAACAUUCGUGAAUAUUUUCACCAACGCAAUGCACUUAACCUGGUGUUGAACCAUUUUGUGCCAAAUGAAAAUAAGUACGACUACUUUGAAGUUGACAGCUUUAAGGACCCAGCAGGCGAUGAGUAUGCAAUUGAAAUGAAUAAGAAAGAGAUGCUGCGAGUGACAAAAAAAAAAAUACCAAGCCAAACAUUUGAGUUAAGCAAGGUUGCUCUCCAGAGCCAAAAAAAUACGCCGCAAUUAAUAUUGAAAUUCGACUCGAACUUGGAUGAAUUAGUACUGAUUAUCUAUAAUAGCGACUAUCUGUGGCGCAUUGAUGAAAAAGACGUUGGCGUGCAGUGCUUUACAAAUGGCGAUUACGAUUUAGUGCGCAGUACUAAAAUUAAUCAUAUUUGGGAAAAUAAAAAAAGGGACAAGUCUAUUUACAAGCUGAAGAUGGUCGGCGUGGGUCCAAGCGAGUAUUGGUGCGAAGGGCAUACCAUUUUUAAUUUUAUGCUAGUGAGAAGUCAACGUAUUAUCGCCUCACGUGAAACGCGUGGUCAUUUAUUUGCUACGAGGCUUAAUGUGACCUGCAUGAACGAUGCUGAUACGUAUUUUAAUGUAUUUAAAACAAAAUAUAUUAAACAAAUAACGAAAAGCUUUCACAAUACAUUACGCAAUAACAUUAAAAUGAAAAGCUUAUUUAAGGAUCUUGUUAUACACAACACAAGGAUUAUGAGCAUUGAACAGUUUGCUGAUGGAUAUAUCGAUUGCUGGAUGCAUAUAACAGCUUCACUCAAAAAUUCAGCUGUCGAUAAUAGCGAAGAAAAAAGUAGCGAGGAAAACAACAACAUAGAUUAUGAAUACCGUAUUAGACACGACACUUCAGUGCGUAUGCGCAUUUGGAGUCAAUUAAAUGUAUUAAUUUCGGAUAUAAGUACUAGCAACUCAGCCUUAGUACGCAGCAUCGAAUACUGCUUCCCAAAUCAGUUUGUUUAUAAUAAGAAAAUAUAUCAAUGGGCGCAAGCGUUGAGAGGACAACAAGCCACAUUGUCAAGUCUGUGCCUUCAAAAUAAUGGCAUGCCAUACAGUCGCCAAUGCAUUGGAGAUUUCACAAGGGGUGCGUUUUGGCAAGCGGUAAACCAAAAAGUGUUCUGCCAUCCCGAGCAGGAGAUUGCCAAUGUAACAAAAAUUUUAUACAGCUUAGAGAGCUCGAAAUUGAUUAAAAUAUCGCCGGAGAAAGUAGUCAGAAAAGUUAGAAAUAUUCUUGAAGAGAAUGCUAAAAAUAUGCUACCAGCGGAUAUACAUUUCACGGCAAAUAUUGUGCAAGCGUCUGUACAAAAUCUAGAGCAUCAUGUGAUAGGCUCAGCUGCUUAUAGUCGUAAUGCUAUUAUAUUAAAAGAGACCGCAUGCGACCUUAUGGCUAUAUAUAAUAGUUUGGUUCGUGCAAACGAAUCAACCAUAAACAUGUCGGCAAAACUAAAUUCGACAAACGUAUUUCUAGAGGUAAUUGAAAAUGCUAUGGAUACAUUUUCAUCAAAAACGGUAUUUAAUAUGAGUAAUGUAAACGAAACUACGGAUGUAUUACAUGCGAGUAGUAAUCUUGAUGUACUCGAUUACGAUGAUAUAGGUGUCUCAGUAAAGAUCUCUCCGAAUCUACUUUAUUUUACUAUUAACCCAUUUAUAGCCAAUGUGUCGGGCAUAGCUAUAUACAAAAAUAUCAAUACAAUUGAAGAAUCAAAUUUAUUGAAAGGUGGGUUCAAGGAUGAACACUUUAGAUUUGUCCAGUCAAAUCACAACCUGGAAGACUUUAUUUUUGAGCCCAAUUUUCAGUUUGGCACAUACGCACCGGAAAGCCUUCUGACUCAAUGGAAUAAAAUGUCACUAUCUCUGAAUGCCACUAAGGGCUCAAUUAACUUAAUAGUUAUUAAAAUAUAUUCAAACGACAAGUUAUUUCGGGAACAGGGUCAACCUACUGAACAACGAUCUGCCUUGGGUCGCAUUGUGUCAAUAUCCUUUCCAGGUCGUACGGCCCAAUUACCGGUAGAUCUACCUUUGGCUUUUCGCAUUAGUGAAAAUCAUAUCAAGAAGUCCAAUGUACAAAUAGAAUUCUGUAAAUAUUGGAACUUUAACAGUUGGGCAUCCGACGGCAUUAAAGUAUCGCAUUCAGUGGCUAACAGCACUGAUGUGGUACUCUGCCAAGUCAGUCAUCUAACUCCCUUCGCCUAUUUAGUUGGCUUUAAUUUUACUGUGGAUGAUGAUAUUGAAGUGAAUGUUCGACAAAGACAUGACCAGGCGCUCGAUAUUAUAACUUUAACUGGUUGCUCAUUAUCUUUGCUUGGCAUUUCCGGCAUAUUCAUAACAGCUGCUAUGUUCCAAUCUUGGCGAAAAAAAGCUUCCUCGAAGGUCCUAUUGCAACUAGCAGCAGCCAUAGCAAUGCAGAUGAUCAUUCUUUGCUGUGUGAACACAGAGGAGUAUGCAUUGCAUUUGAUCAUAAAUAAGACUAUACCAAGUUGCGUGGCUAUCGGAGCCAGUCUCCACUAUUCAGUGUUGGUGCAAUUUUUCUGGAUGCUUGUUAUUGCCUACUUGCAAUUUAAGAGAUAUGUUCAGGUAUUCGGACGUGGUCGACCAAGCAGAUUCUUCCUGAAGUCAACAAUAUUUUGUUGGGGCACACCAAUCAUUCCGGUUAUACUUGUAGUUAUUUUAGAUCACGAUUCAUUUACCGCGGGCGGCAUCUGCUAUCCAUCUGGGUAUGCACUUUACUUUGGAAUUAUCUUUCCCAUAUCCCUUAUAAUAAUAGCAAAUUUUGUAAUUUUCUGUGUAAUCUUUUACAAUAUUUUACUUGGACCAAGCUUAUCUAUUCGACGUACAGAAAAGCCUCUUUUAAUAUCUCAGAUACGGCUUUCAGUACUUUUAUUUUUCCUAUUAGGGCUUACUUGGUGUUUUGGGAUACUUUCAACGAUGAGAGCGGCAAUCGUCUUCUCAUAUCUAUUUUGUCUAACAGCAACAUUGCAAGGAUUUGUUAUAUUUGUGUACUUUAUUAUUCUUGAUCCUGUAACGCGGCGUAUGUGGGGUGAUUAUUUCAUUAGCUUAUGCAACAUUGAUAAAAACUCUAUUGAAAGCACAGAUAGUCUUAAAAACACCACACGUACCUACUAACAAAUUAAUUUUUAAUUAAUACUAAUACUUAUAUAAUUAAUACUCAAAUUAUUUG